AUGAGAAGAAUUUACAGGCGAAGAGCCACAAGGGCUUGUUUGAGCUGCCGAAGGCGCAAGGUCCGCUGUGAUGUCACUCGGACUUCUACGCCUUGUAGUAACUGUCGCUUCAACUCGACUGAGUGUGUCGUAAACAGAGGCCCUCGAAAGCCUAGAUGGGCCGAUGAAGAAUUGUCAUUCAAACAUUAUUCCCCAGACUCGAGUCAGGACUCAGACAACUACCUGUCCUUUCAGCUGUUGAGCAAUGCAGUGGAAUCACCAGAUCCAUCACCUCAUUGUAUCCAAGUCCAAGCACCUUCUGCCACCAGAGGUUGUAGUUCCAGUAUCCUCAACACAGCAAACCCUGUUGACAGUCACUCGGUGGAUUCAAAUGACACUACAACACAAAGCUCCGAGGACGAAGCAAACAUUGGAAGAGACUUCCAGCCUCCAGCCGGCGCCAUCGAUAUAGAUCAGGCUCAGAUUACCCGAGAAAGCGCUGGUACACCUCUAACCCUCACAGGUGAUUGCUGGGACAGAGUAGAGAUCGAUCGCAAUGUCGUGCAUGAUGCUUCCAGUCUCGAUUCCGAGGGUUGCUUCGAUAUUCCGGUAGACCUUGUUACGAGACGAUUCAUCAGUCACUACUUUCUCUACGUUAAUCCUCUGUUACCAAUGCUAGACGAGGGUGACUUCUGGUAUCUUCAGUGUGAUUCGAAUCCUGCAAAUUACCGAAGCAAUUGUCCUGAUAUUCUUCUUCUACAAGCAAUGUUAUUUGCUGCCUGUCAGUUUAUGUCUAAAGAGGAAGUAAAAGCCUUGGGCUUUCGGGACCUUCGCCAAGCAAAAGCGUGUUUCUACAAACGUGCAAUGCUUCUUUACAGCUCCCAGAUCCAAACCAACCACAAUGUAAUGGCGCAGGCUGCACUGUUACUGACUCACUGGAGCUCUUCACUCAACUCGAGUGAGAAGCAACCAAACAGCAUUUGGCUAAGCCGUGCCAUCAGUCAUGCAAAAGCACUAGGAGCAGACAAGUGCGCAGAUGUGUCCAAAGCUGUAGGGCAAGCAUCUAUUCAACAGCGAUUACAUGACAACAGAUUAAGGAGAAUCUGGUGGUGUUGCAUCAUCCGGGAUCGAAUAAUCUCCCUUUGCCUUCAUCGACACCUACAGAUCUCACGGGACCAUCUCGACAAUCAUGCAACCACGACUAUCUCGUACGAUACCCUUUCGGGCGAGAAGUACCGGUCUCAUGUUUAUCACGUCGACACUGAAAGCUCUCUAAUUACUCUGAUGCUUACGAUGACAGACCUAUGUCUCUGUAUAUCCGAUAUAUUGACAGUAGUGCAUCCCGCCAAGGACUUCACUGUGUCUAAUGCCCGCGACUCAACUCGGAGAAUGUUGCAGAUUUAUGAGUGCAAGAAAGGCCUGGAGAACUGGUGCGCCAAGGCUGUAGCAUCCUCAUCAAUAAUGGCCAUUACUCAGCACGGUGGCCAUCGAGUCGAUAUGACAGAGAGCUCUGUCUUAAUGUUCGCCAAUAUGAUAUGGAUCUACUAUCAUUCUGCCCGCGUCACUCUUUUCAACUUCGAGUUGUUACUAGGCAUGACUGCCCAUUCACCCGUCUCAUACGAAAGCACGCAGCUCCAACUAGCAACUAUUGAGAGAGUCCGGAUUGGGUUGUGGGAUGCAUCGGAACAUAUUACAAACAAAAUUGGACAACUUCUCGAUCUCGAAUUAGCACGCUAUCUACCGAGCAGCGCAGUGUCAUGUACGGCACUUCCACUGGCGCUACAUAUACUCGAUGCCAAACUAUCACCCUCAGUAGUCCCCCGAGAAUCAGAAGACGAGCAUUCCAGAAGAUUCAAGAGGCAAACCCAGUUGAACAUCCUUGUUGCCGCGAUGAAAGAGCUCCAGCCAAGAUAUGAAGGGGUCGACUGGGUCACAAGGGCGAUCAGGUAUUUUAUGGAGUGCACAUACUGUGAAUCAGAAAUGAUCAACCACAUAGACGAGCAUCAGGUAAGACAUCCUUCGAUGGAUGUCAUUACCCAAAAUCCUGCACAUUUCCUCAGACUGGCAUUGACUCUUGAUCUGAGUCUAAGCCAAGACCGGCUGCCUGUCGAGAGAGACUUUCCCCGUAAGCUGCAAGCCUUGAUAAGCAAAACUGGAUGUUUCAUCCCAUUACUGUUUUCACAAGAUAGCGAUCAUGACGAUGAUAGGGCAGUUGAAGAUAUUGCUGCUGUUGCUAGACAGCAAAUGAGUCCCGAGUUGGGACUAGACAUGACAGGGUCCGCAUCACCUCUAUUCCAAGAUUUUAGUGGAUGGGUUGAGAAUGAUCGAUCACUGUUCUUUGCUCAAGAAAUGGGCAUUGGUCUUUGA